AUGGCGUCCAAGAAUGCGUCUAAGUCUUCAGGUACAACAAGAAAUAUAAAAAAAUCUACUGUUUUGAAAUGGAAAGUUGGGAAUUGGCUGGAAAUUGUAGACUCUAAUAGGCACAAAGGUGAAGUUUGGGUAACUUCUGUGCGAUGCAAAUUGUGUGCAAAAUAUGAAAAGAAGCUAACAAACACGCGAAAUUUUAACUUUUCAUGGUGUCGUGGUACAACAAAUGUGAAGCUAGAUGCUGUGAAAACCCACAUGAAUGGGGAACCACACAAGCUUGCAUUGAAGUUGGAGGAUGAAGAGAUGUUUAAGGCAAAGCCAGGCCCACUACCUGCAUAUGCUGCGACACCACUGGGAAAGGCAUUUUUUAAGCUAAACGAGAAUGAUAAAGUGAGAGUCAAGAAAUUGAUUGAAAUAGCAUAUGUUGUUGUCAAAGAAGAGAUGCCAUUCACCAAAUUUGUUGCCAUUGCUAAGCUAGAGAAACGGCAUAGGGUUGAAUUGGGCCGAACAUACCUAAACGAUCAUGCAUGUGCAGAUUUUGUUGACACUAUAGCUGAAAUAUAUGAAGAUGAAUUAAACCAGGUUCGUGUGCUUUUGAUGUUUUGA